CCUUAAUGGUACUGGCGCGUCCAGCGGACUGGAGCGAAAUUAUUGACGCUCACAACAAUAUUUAUUCCAAUCUAUGCCUGAAUUAUUGAUAACAGAAAGAGUAAGAUAUGAUUUUUCUAUAAAUGCAUGCUCAGAUAAAUGCGUCAGUAUGAGGAAAAUAGCUGAAUAAUAAUUCACGAGACUGGACAGGGCUCUUGACAGCAUGCACGCGCAGCGUCCUGUUGCUGAUAAUGUAUGUGUAGAUAUAGAGCACAAAUUGGUUAACUUUUAAAACACAACAAGAAGUAUUUGUCCAAGUAGUUAAAUCAAAACACCUCGUAAUCUCCGCAAAAAUGAUGAAAAGCGUAGGAAAACUGUUUGGUUUAAGGCGAAAAUGCGCGCCCACCAAGUCUCGCAUUGACAGAAAAAAGACUCGCGUGAAUCCAAUUGAUCGCAUGUUGGAUGACAGCGAUGAGGGCUCGUACGGCAGCACGACGAGCGUCAGUUCAGAGAGCGAAUACCAGAACUCCGAAAACGAAUCCGGAGGCUCCAACAGCUCUUACAGAGCACGAGAGAGUGGCGGGGACGACAGCAGCGAGACGGACGAGAAAUGUGCCGUGUCGCGGAAACCGAGGAAAAGGUGCGCGAGUGCGACCGUUCUAGAUGAAGACUCGAGCGAUUCCUCGAGCGACGUCGGUGGAGAACCGCUCCGAAGAGUGCUGCAGAGGAAACGGCUCAGGCUGCCGGAUGAUUCAGAGGACGAGGCUCUGAAGGAGAAGAAAAAAGAGGCUACGGUUAAAGAAGCUGCUGCCAAGAGAAGAGAGAGAAAGAAUAAACUCCUGGAGUUGUCCAAGAAAAGAAAAUCUGGUGUCGCACGUCGCAGGCACAGGAUGUUGGGUUCUGAAGAAGAGGAGACAGGGCGGGAGCAAGACAAAGUGGAGGAGCAAAGCAAAGCAGAGGAUUCUGAGGAUGAUUCGAGUGUGGAAGAUAAUGGCAGUCCUCUAAACAGCAGUGAGGAGGAAAAACUUGCUGAUAGUGACAGCAUGAAGGAUUUUAUUGUUGAGGAAGAUGAACAGAAAAAGGAUGACGAGCAGGAGGAAGAGGAGGCGGCAAACGACAAGGCCUUUCUCUCUCAUCUUCCACGCCAGUUUAUUACAGGAUCUCAGCGCACGCACUUUCAGGUGGUGGUCAAAGCCUUGCUGAUCAAUGUUCUGGACUCAACCUUCCUCAAGUCACUUUACAGUGGGGAGCGAACGAAACGUUAUGCCCAGGAGAUGAAAUCGUCUUUGCACCAUUUUGAUGAGCGAUUGGUCCUCCCCCGCCUGGAGAACCUGAAGCAGAGGAGUCGCUGGAAAGACCGUUACAAAGAGCGGGUAGAAUGUUAUCCCAAGCUGCGGAUUGUUAUGACAAAUGUCCAGAUGAAGGGAUGUGAAGCCUGCGAGCUUCAUAGAACUGGGCGCUUCACUGUGCAGCUCUCUGGACAGUUAUACCACAUUAACACCUUGCAAGAGGAUCAAUUCAUGCCUGAUGACUCACAGAGUUUCUUUGUUGGCUCUGUCUGUGCCAGUCGUACUAAGGUCUACCAUGCCUUGAAACACUUUAAAUAUCAGCUGUUUGAGAGAUGCCGUACAGCUUUAGAGGCUCAGAAGGAAAAAGUGGAAGAGGGGAAGGAAGGAGAGGAAGACGAGCCAGUUAAGGACACAGUCAAUAAAGUGUUUAUCAAACUGCAAGAGAAAGGUUGGAUCAGUGAGCAAUAUGAGAAGUUUCAGGAACAUCUCAAUUCUGCUGAUUUCUUCCAGGAUGAAAAGCUGGAUUAAAAGUAUUGGACCUUUAUUUUUAUGGCAUCAAUUUGCCCUUGUACUUCUGUAAAUAUUUUUGGUUAUGUCAUAUAAAGC